AUGGAAGGAGUUGCUGUAAACCCGAUAGUGACCAUUGGGUAUAACGAGUGGCGGAGAAGAAGGGUUAAUGAUAACAUUCUGAGGCCAAACCUAGAAGAUGCUCGACUGAUAGAGGAAUAUCUACGAGUGGUUCCCUCUGAGUUGGAAAUUAUAAGGCAAGACUUCGAAAAGAAAAGUUCGGAGUUAGAAAAGAAAAUAAAACGGUUGGAGGAGGAAAAUGUGUACUUGAAGUUAGAUGUUGAUGUCCAGAAGUCGGAGGCCAAGAAUUUAAGAAAAGGAAAGAGAAAAGUUGAAGAGGGUCUUGCUAGCUUGAAGGAAUAUUACAAGAAGUGUCGAGCUUCAGUAAAAAAUGCUGGUUUUGCCAGUUUAAGCAAGAUCGAGGAUCUGAAAAGAAAAGUAGAAGAGCUUGAGUCUACACUUCAGAAUUAUGAGCUUCAAAUUGAACGACUGGAAGCAAAUAACUGUCAGUUAAGCGAGCAGCUUCAUCGAUCUCAAGAUCAGGUCCGGGAUAGAGAUUACCUCAUGGGCCAAGCUAUAGCCCAAAUACGAGAAGUGGCUGAUUACUUACAGACUCUUGUAGUUCAGGCAGAUGUGCUGAGUACCAAAUAUGAGUUAGUGUCAGAUCGAGGGCAGGAGUUAGCCUCCCUUCUUAGGAAAGUGAAAGUUUUUAGCGUUAGGGCUAAGCCAUAUAUGUAA